GUGCCACUCGCUGUCCGCGGUGGUGCGCGACCUGGCCGCCGGCAGGCGCCACGUGUUCCGGGUGCGCGCCGAGAACGUGCACGGCCUGAGCGAGCCCAGCGCGCAGUCGCUGCCCUACUGCACGCCCGCGCUCACAUCUCGGGCGGCGAGCUGUUCGAGCGCGUGGUGGCCGACGACUUCACCCUCACGGAGCGCGACUGCAUCCUCUUCAUGCGCCAGAUCUGCGAGGGCGUCGACUACAUGCACGAGAGCCAGGUGGUGCACCUCGACCUCAAGCCGGAGAACAUCAUGUGCCAGACGCGCACCUCGCACCAGAUCAAGCUCAUCGACUUCGGCCUGGCGCAGCGGCUCAAGCCCGACACGCCCGUGCGCGUGCUCUUCGGCACGCCCGAGUUCAUCCCGCCCGAGAUCAUCAACUACGAGCCCAUCGGCACCGAGUCCGACAUGUGGAGCGUGGGCGUCAUCUGCUACGUGCUGCUGUCCGGGCUGUCGCCGUUCAUGGGCGACAACGACGCCGAGACGUUCGCCAACAUCACGAGGGCCGACUUUGACUUCGACGACGAGGCGUUCGACGCCAUCUCGCAGGACGCCAGGGACUUCAUCAGCGCGCUGCUCGUCAAGCGGAAGGAGAAGAGGCUGACGGCCCGUCAGUGUCUGGACCACCCCUGGCUGGCCCAGCAGCCCGCCAGCAUGAGCUGCAUCGCCCUCAGCACGGACAAGCUCAAGAAGUUCAUCAUCAGGCGGAAGUGGCAGAAAACUGGCAACGCGAUUCGCGCGCUGGGCCGCAUGGCUACCCUGUCUGCGGCCAGCCGGCGCAACUCGGCGGCCAGCUCGGCGGCCAGCUCGGCGGCCGGCUCGGCGCCGGGGACGCCCCGCCAGAGCCUCGCCGCCAUCCCGCCCGCCGCCGCCCUCGCCAAGGAGGACAGCGUCGACGUGCUAGCCGCGGCCGCCGCUGCCCCUGCUCGGCUGGCCGACACAGCCGAGGAGGAGGAGCCCGCCACUGCCGCGGUCCAGGAGGUCGUGGACACCGACGCGGCGGUCGUCGAGGAGGCUGUGACGGCCACCUUGUUGCCGCGGGGGCGGUUCCGCAGCGAGCGCAGCGACUCGGGCAUCAGCGACUGCUCGUCGGCGUCAUCGAAGCAGCUCCCCGCGCCCGCCGCCCUCUUCGGCAAGAAGUUUUCCAUCUCCGAGGAGGCCGACGAGGUCCCGGUGCCGGCCGAGCCGUCUCCGCCGAUCCCGGCCGCUGCCUCGAACCGCCCCAGCAAUCUUCCCUUGCCUGCACCCGCUUUGCAACCCCUGCAUGCUAAACCUGCCUCCCCGCCUGUAACUCACCCCGCUAAGGCGCCCAACCAUGACGGAAUGAACACGGUGUCCAGGAGGUCUGCCGAACUCCUCCAGAAACUGGCGUCUAACUCUGUGGCCCCGUCUCUAGCUCCAGCAGGCGCCGCAGCAGCAGGCGCCGCAGGCCUGGCAGCGGGCGAGCGUGGGGAGGGCGCUGCCGGCCACGCCGCUCAUAAGGCAGCUGGCCUAGGCCGGCUGCCUGCAGGGCCAGCCGCUGUGGGCGCCUCCAGGACCACCAACGGCCUGCGCUCGCCCACCAAGACCCGGGCGGGCUUCGUCGUGUCCAAGAUCAAGUCCCUGGAGAGCCGGAGCUCGUCCGGCUCGCUGCAGCCGCCCCGGGUGAGCGUGACGGCGGCGCCGUGCUCGCGGGAGCGCUCCAGCCUGCGGGACUCGUGGCGCGACAGGACGGCGAGCCCCAGCAGGAGCCCCAGCAGGAGGGAGGUGACGCUCAGUCCCGCCAGGAGGGACGCCGCGUUCAGCCCCAGUCCUGAGGGUAAGCUGUCCACCCGUAGCACCAGCAGGAUUUCGGCACUCAGCCCCAGCCGGACACCGACCAACGGCUCGAGCAGAACAUCGGCCCGCAGCCCCAGCAGGACAACGACCGACAGCCCCAUCAGAAUGUCGGCCCGCAGCCCCAGCAGGACGACAACCGACAGCCCCA